AUGGCCGAAAAGGAUGCAGAGAGGAAAGUGCGGAUUUACAGGAGUGUGUCCUUUAAAAAACUGGGGAACUGGAAUGCAAAGGCUUUUAGUGAAGAGGGAGGCACGGAUCUGCCCGGGAAAGGAGAUGUCACCCAGCCCACAUGUCAAAAAACACAUCGUCCUCCUGCCAGAUCGCUGAGCUUAACUAGGAAGGUGUCCAAAAUCUCUGCAGCCAGCAAAGACAAGAAUAUCUCAUCGGUCCGUCAAAUUUCUCAGCGUUUCUCGUCUCACCCGAGGGACGAUGGAGCUCAGAGUGACGAUGAAAGCUUGAGGAGAGCGGAUCUUUUGAGAAAGGCUUGCCAAACUAGGUCCAAGGAGGCUGUCUCGCCUGUGGAGACGUUACAUGGAGAACAGCUUAAACAGGGCACGACUGACUACGAUGGUAUUUCCCUGGCACUGCCAGGUAAGUCCGAUGAUUAUCUUGACCCAAGGGAAAGUCAAAGCUCAGGGAUCUCUGUAGAUGAAGUGAACUCUUUCUGUAGUUUUCUGCACCAGACCGAUAACAGAGAAUUGUUAGUUGCAGAGGGAUCAAACUGGCCUAGUGUUACUGAAAUGAGAAAACUUUUUGGGGAGAGCACAAGAAAACUGCCAUGUAGGGCUUCUUCUCUGCCAGAGACUGAGGAGCCCAGGCCCCAUGGCCAGGCGGGGCCACUCGUAAAAGAGACGGCAGUAACCGAGCCCCAUAGACACUGUUCCUUGGAAGUUACAAACAGCAAAAGCUUUAAUUACUAUACCAAAGACAAUCCAUCCAGCACAUUGCACCGGUCCACAAACCCGUCUGCGGGGACAGAAAGUUCUUAUUGUCGAGCACUAACGGAGAGCAGAACAGAGCAACAAACCGUAUGUAUGGAUACAAAAGAUCACCGGGUAAUAAACACUGUUCCCAAAACCCAGCCUCCUCCCCCUCCUCCGAGAACUUGUAUUCCGUUUGGUCUGAGAGCGAACACACUUUCAUCUGGUCUACCUAAACAAGAGGCAAGACAGCAAUCGGAUAGUUUACAUUCCUAUCAUAGUUCAGGAAAACCACAGCUGGCCCCCUCUAAUGUCAGACUCAAAGACAGCUCCAGUGAAGAUGAGCUGCACAAAAAUACUUUGUCUCGUCAUAUCCCAGGUGACAGUAGUGAUGCUAAGGACAGGCCUAAUGAAGUAUCCUCAGGAAGUGAAGAGGACAGUGAUAUAGAUGUCCUCAGGGAUAGUUUCAGGAAACGAUCUAUAAGAAAGAAAAAGCGAGGCAUUGCUGCUUAUCCUACACCUAAUAAAGAAUCCGAAAGUAGCAGAGGGCACUUAGUGGGUGAUUUAGGCUAUGGUACUGGCUUGUUGACCUUUCCUCAGCAGCGACAUGAUUCCCAGUCCAUAUUGUCUAAUAAUAGUUCUAAUACUGUUCUCAAAUCAGAUAUUUGUCCUACAGAACAAAAUGUUUUAGGAGUCUCAAGCGGUGCUUUCCAUGAAACUCCCACACAGCGCAUCAGAAGCAUUUCUGAAACCUUAACGCCAACAACUUCAGGUCAGUUGGCUACGGUGUCCCCAAUCCCCAUUGUGUCUCGGGUUGCAAAAGUAAACAUUCCUCCCUUUUUGCCCAGCCCCUGUGGCUCCCGAGGCAGUAGUAGAUAUUCAAGCACUGAAACACUCAGAGACGAUGACCAUUUUAGCCCUUUUUUCUCUAGUCAAGCCCGAAGCUUCCAAGGAAGUUCUGGUAUUUACCGAUCACCAAGCUAUGGGCAACACGAAAGUAUGUCAAGGCAGCUGAUGCGCCCAAGGUCAAAAGUGCCCUGUAGCAUUUCAAAAGUAAAAGAUGAAAAUGUUAGUGAUAGUUCACAUUGCGACCCUCAGAACAACAGCUCCAGUAACAUGAAGUCAAUGUCCAACCCAGAUAUUACAUCAGAUACUCUCUGCCUGCUAAACUUCUUAAAAUCCGAUAUUUCAGACUUGAAACUUAAAAAUAGAGGACGGGGGGCCAGUGACAAGGAGGGAUUAUAUGCCAAGCAUGAGUCCUACCAAGGCACUGCUGGGCCUCAAAACACGCUAGCCAGAGGUAGAUCAGGGGGCCAGGAAAGGUUACAACAAGGAAGUCGUCCAACUUUAAAAGACUUGACCGCUACUUUACGACGCACUAAAUCUUUUACAUAUUCUGACAAAUUAGGGUCCAGAAGGCUUAAUGCUCACAGUUCCAUGAAGCAAAGUUCAUCUGAGCUCAUGCUAGCUUGCCCAUCCAAUAAUGAUACCAUACUUCCACAAAGAGAUGUCUUCAGUGAUAUGGAAAGCAGGGAUGGAGGUGCAUCAGAUACAGCACAUGACAAGUACAUUCAGGAAGCAAGGCAAGUAUUUGAGAAAAUAAAACAAAUUGGGUCCCAGGAUGACUAUAGUUUUGAUCAGGAGGUUGAAGAACAUCUGAAAAGUGCAAAAAAAGAGUUGGAGACAAGAGUUGGUGAAAACAGUGAAAGCCUAUUUUUGGAUAAGUCAGCAGCUGAAGAAAUUGAGUCAUAUAGGAAAUCUUUAGACUUGGACUUAUCUGGACACGAAUCUAGCAUGACCGAUGAAGGGAUUGUAACUGAGGCUGAACCUGCAGCCUGUACUUCGUAUGGAGACAUUGGUCAAACUCUUACUGUUUGGAAGUCAACGGGAAGUUCUCAAGAACAAGGUGAAUACUUGCCUACACGAAAUGGAGACUCUCAGUUACUUUCACCCAAUGAUAACUUAGAAAGCGAUAAUUGUACCGAGGUUGCAGGCAAUAAAGCAUACACUCAAGGACCUCUUGAUGCCCCACCGACACCUGGAACAAUUAGACGAAGAAGGAAAUUUCCUUCUCUUGGUAAUGGUGGGACAGAUUCUAGCAGUGGGAGCAAUGGCGAGUCUGGAAGUGAGACUUAUAGAUCUCUGAGUGAUCCAAUGCCCCAUCGACGGUACUCAAUCACUGAAGAUCCAGCACAUUUCUCUAUGGACAGUAACCUCCUUGGAUCAUUAAAUGCAAAGUCCAUGAUUUCAGAUUCUACAGCCUCUGCUCUUUCUGAAUGUACGGGUAGUGCUGCUAGUGUGCUGUCCUUCAGCAGUGAUGGGAUUAAAGAUUACAACAUGGUCAUCCAAAAUAUUGUCAGCCAACCAGGAGCUCUUGAUAAAGUCAUUGACGAAAAGGGAAAUGGCAAAACCAUCAAGAAAAAGUCAUUUAGUGACCCGAGUCGACGAGGAGAAUUGACUACCCCUGGCCUUGAAGACUCUAAUGAGCCUUUAAAAGAGCUAGAGCAGUCCAUUCUGGCUUCCAGUAGCGAGCCAAUAUUAUCUGAACAAAAAGAUGAACUGGAAGAACUUGACGAGGUGGAAGAGGAGGUUGGAAAAUUGCCUAUUGAGGCAGAAGAAAAUGGGUUGGAGGGAAACCAAAACUUGAACUUCGACCCUAACCUUGUAAAUGUUUUAUCCCCCAGAAUGGUUCGACGCAGUUUUAAAAAGCGUUCUAAUAGAAUUGGUAGUCAAGAUGUCAAGAAAGAAGGUGAGGAGCCAACGGAAGCUUCUGGUAAAUCUAGACUAGCCAGCAAACAUGUACGCCACACAAGCGAACCAGCUGCCUUUAUACCAAUCUCUCCUCCUGAAUGUAAAGUGUUAGGCCAUGGUUCAUUUUCAAGUGCCAACUCCACAAAACACCCCAUUAAACAGUAUCCAGUUUUGAUAGCCCCCCUACUCGAGGAUGCAUUGAAACCAGCACCAACUGGCACAGGUGACUCUAAUAACUUUGGCACUGUGGAAUUGCCUAGAACAGCACCAAGUACUCCCACUACCGUGGAACCAAAACUACUGAAGCUUCCUAAACCACAAGAGGAGACCAGCAUUAGAAGCAAACCCUAUGUGGAUAUGAGGAAACAUGUCUUCCUGACUCUGCAUGAUACUGAACAUUCAUACGUGGAAUCGCUGCGCACACUGAUGGAGGGUUACAUGAAGCCUCUGAAGCAGCCCGAGAAUUCCUUCCUGUGUGAUCCAGCCCUGGUGGACGAAAUCUUCGAUCAGAUCCCAGAAUUGUUGGAACAUCACGAGCAGUUUCUGGAGCAGGUCAAUCACGUGGUGCAGAACUGGCCCGACAUCCAAACCGUGGGUGACAUCCUGGCACAGUCUUUCUCCAAGGACAUCCUGGUCAGCAUCUACUCUGCUUACAUCGAUAAUUUCCUCAACGCCAAAGACGCUGUUAGAGUGGCCAAGGAAGCCCGGCCCGCCUUCAUAAAGUUCCUAGAGCAAUGCACACGGGAAAACAAGGAGAAACAGGCCCUGUCAGACCUCACGAUCAAGCCUGUCCAGCGAAUCCCCCGCUAUGAGCUCAUUGUGAAGGAUCUACUAAAACACACCCCCGAGGACCACCCAGACUACGUCUGCCUGCUGGACGCCCAGCGGAUCAUCAAACGACUGGCAGAAAGGAUAAACCGGGGGAUGAGGAGUGCCGAGGAGGCAGAGAGGGAUACGCGAAUACUGCAGGAGAUUGAAUCCCAUAUUGAGGGCAUGGAGGACCUCCAGGUUCCCUUCCGGAGGUUUGUGAGACAAGAGAUUGUGGUGGAAGUGAAAACCGUCAGCGGCAAGAAAGAUCGCUCGCUCUUCCUGUUCACGGACCUGCUGCUUUGCACCACGCUGAAGAGGAAGUCCGGUUCUCUGCGCCGCAGCUCCAUGAAUCUAUACACAGCGGCCAGUGUGAUUGACAUCUCCAGCAAGUACAAGCUGCUCUGGAAACUGCCCCUGGAAGACGUGGAUAUUGUCAAAGGGACAUCCCAAGCCUCAAACCGAGACAGUGUUCAGAAGAUUAUCGGCCGGCUGGACGAAGAUCUAAGCACCAUGGGGCAAAUCAGCAAACUGUCCGAAACCCUCAGCUUCCCUCACCAGAGUCUUGAUGAUGUCAUCAAAGACAUGAUGGCCUCCGUGCAUCGUGAGCUGGCAGAGAAGCAGUCCCUCUCCUACUCAAUGUCUUUCCCACCAAACAAAGUGGAGCUGACAACCACCAAGGCUGAUGGCACCGACUCUUUCAUAUUCGAAUUCGGCACCCCAGACGCUAGGCUGCACUUCGAGCAAGCCUUCGAGGACGCCAAGAAGAAGCUGGCCACCAGCAAGAACCGCCUGGACCCAGAGUUCUUGAAGGCUAUCCCCAUCAUGAAGACGCGCAGUGGGAUGCAGUUCUCCUGCGCCUCCCCCAGUCAUAGCAGUUCUGACAACGUCCAUGAGGUCUGGGUGUGUAACAGCGAUGGAUAUGUGGGUCAAGUCUGCCUCCUAAGCAUCAGAAACGAGCCAACGGUAGAGGCCUGUAUCGCAGUGUGCUCCGCUCGAAUCCUGUGCAUCGCUUCUGUGCCGGGACUGAAGAAGAACUACAGAGACCGGCCGGCACCUCUGGCCAACCAGACGUCAGAGCGACACCCGCAGAACUCCCUGGAUGAACCGGCGUCCCAGCAGUGCCUCCAUAUCUCCAUCUCCGGCUCUUCUCUGGAACUCUCCGAACACACAGACAGUGCCAGCCGGGAUUUGGUGCCAUUUGAUAGCGACGACACCGACGACGAGUCCUCUCCCAGUCCCUCGGGAACACUCCAGAGCCAGGCCAGCCGCUCCACCAUCUCCUCCAGCUUCGGCAAUGAAGAGAUGCCGAGUGCAAAAGAUACCACAGCUGAGACCACCAGCUCGGAGGAGGAGCAAGAGUCCGGGUUCCUUCCAAUUCCCACCAACUUUAAUCAGAACCGGGAGAGCGAGAGCCCCACCGGGGGCCCAGCAGUAAGGAGACCCAGCCGAAGCUCCUUCACACGGGGCAGUCUGGAGGACCUCAUGAGCAUUGACCCCGAGGCCUAUCAGAGCUCUAUGUGGCUAGGGACAGAGGACGGCUGCAUUCACGUCUAUCAGUCCUCUGACAACAUCCGCAACCGCAAGAACAGCAUGAAGAUGCAGCACACAGCGGCCAUCAUGUGUAUACUGUGAGUGUCAAAAUGGGUACACCUGUCCAUGAUGUCCAAGUCUCCUCUGACCUCCUAAUAUCGUCUCUGUUUUCCAGGAAGUUUCUGGGACCCUCAGAACUCCAAAACAAUUUCUUUAGGUUCUCCUGGAAACCCCGUCACCAAAAUGGUGUCCUUCUCUGGAAAGCUAUGGUGCGGAUGUCAGAACAGGGUCACCAUCUUCAACACGUCGUCCCUGCUUCAGGAGCACGUGUUCCACAUCGGACAGGACCAGAACCGCUGCGUGACGUGUAUGGUCAACUCCAGCCACGGAAUGUGGAUCGCCCUACAGGGCAGCGCCCAGGUCCGGCUUUAUCACGCCACCACGUUCGAGCAAUUGGGAGAGGUGGACAUAGCGCCGCCUGUACACAAGAUGUUGGCAGGGUCUGACGCCAUCAUCCGCCAGCACAAGUCGGCAUGUUUACGCAUCACGGCGUUGCUCGCUUGCAGGGAUCUCUUGUGGAUCGGGACCAGCGCUGGAGUGGUUCUGACCCUCUCCAUCUCCUCCAGCUCAACCUCCCUGAAGGGUCCGCUUUGUCCGGUGGGUCUGUCGCAGGGUCACACUGGACACGUCCGGUUCCUUACCUCCGUGGAACUGCCCGAUGGAUUUGAUGUUUACUUCCCCAUACCUGGAGAGCAGGGUAACGAGCAAGCGUGCGAUGCAGAGAAGAGGGACUCCUCCAGACACCGUCCUAAAUCCAAGCUCCUGGUCAUCAGUGGAGGCGACGGCUACGAGGACUUCCGACUCACCAACAGCAGCGAGACGGUGGGCAGGGACGACAGCACCAACCACCUUCUCCUCUGGAGGGUCUGAAGGCCGCACCAGGCCGGAUUUUCCGCACCGGACCCACAUCUGUGUCGCUGCUGCCCGUCACGCCUUCAACUUGUCCUGAGCAUCUAAACCCGCCCACCUCCAUCCACUACCCAUCCAACCUCACCAGGUUCUGCAAUCACCGCCAGGGAGGGUCAUUCGGAGGAGCCGCGGACGUUAAGGGACAGAUGCACCGUGUACAGGAGCGGGGUGAUUCAUACGUUGCCAAAGUCCUUAGCAAGAUGGCAGUCUGUGGAUUGCAGUACAGUGUUGUGCCUGCUUAAAAAAAGAAGGACCUUUAUCUCUCCGGGAAUCAGCCAAUCAGCUUCUGGCAUCCUCUGCAUCUUCAAAGGUAUUAACCACUGGCGAGCGAGCAGUGACUCAGAAUCGCCUCCGACCGCUGUCUGUCACUGCUUUAUCAUACGCAAUUCACGAGAGCAUCAAAAAGCGCCGAGACCCUCGGGACUCGAUCAGCCAAUGAACUUCUGCGUUCGCAGGGUCCGGCUGCUCACGUCAGUUCUGUGGCUUAACAAAA